AUGGCGGCGGCGGCGGCGUGGCCGGAGCUGGAGGCGGCGGCGCGGGAGCGGCGGCGGGAGCUGGCGCUGGGCGGCGCGGCGGUGGCGGAGCGCGUGGCGGCGGGCGGCGGGCGGCUGCCGGCGGCGCUGCUGGCGCUGCCGCUGCUGCAGUCGCUGGAGGUGAGCGGCUGCGCGGCGCUGCGGGAGCUGGGCCCGGGGCUGGCCGCCGCCCUGCCCGCGCUCCACACGCUGGUGCUGCGCGGCAACGCGCUGGGCCCCGCCGGGCUGGGCGCCGGCCUGGGCGGGCCGCUGCCGGCCCUGCGCGUCCUCGACCUCUCGGGCAACGGGCUGGAGGCGCUGCCGCCGCCGCUGGGCGGCGCGGGGCCGGGCCCGGGGCCCGGGGCCGGGGCCGGGGCCGAGCCCGAGCCCGGCGGCGCCCCGGCCUUCCCGCAGCUGCUCAGCCUCAACCUGGGCGGCAACCGGCUGCGGGAGCUGGGCCCGGGGCUGGCCCGCGCCGCGCCGCGCCUCCAGGCGCUGCUGCUCUCCGGCAACCGGCUCCGCGCGCUGCCCGGCGGCCUCCUGCCGCCGCCUGCCGCCGCCGCCGCCGGGCUCUUCCCUCUCCUCAGCCGCCUGGAGGCGGCCGACAACGAGGUGGCCGAGCUGGACGCCGGCAUCGCCGCCCUGCCCGCCCUCAAGAGCCUGGACGUCUCCAACAACCAGCUGACAGAGCUCCCAGCCGAGCUGGCCGACUGCCCCCGGCUGAAGGAGGUCAACUUCAGGGGCAACAGGCUAAAGGACAAGCGGCUGGAGAAGAUGGUCAACGGCUGCCAGACAAAAUCCAUCCUGGAGUAUCUGCGGGUGGGAGGCCGUGGAGGUGGGAAAGGGAAAGUCGACAGCACGCGAGAGGAGAGUAGGAAAAAGAAAAGAGAGAAGCGUCAGAAGAAGGAUAGCGGGGAUGGGGAACAAGACGAGCUGGAAGAUGUUAACAGGUUGUUGGUCAAGGUUCUGCACGUCUCUGAAAAUCCUGCGGCCUUGACUGUCAAAGUGAGCCCAGGCAUCAAAGACGUCCGACCCUUCAUUGUGUGCUGCGUGUUGAAAGGAGUAAACUUACGGCCUGGAAACGCGUUGAAGAGGUUUCUGUCUGCCCAGACUAAACUGCAUGAAGAUAUCUGUGAAAAGCGAACAGCAGCCACAAUUGCCACACAUGACUUGCAGCUCAUCAAAGGUCCUCUGGUAUAUGACGUUCAGCCUCCUGGUGAAUUGAAGAUAACGCCCCUAGGUCGAAAGGAAAUCAAGGCAAAGGAUCUUGUCCGUCAGCUGCAGUUAGAAGCUGAGGAGCAGAGAAAACAGAAGAAGCGUCAGAAUAUCUCUGGAUUGCACAAAUAUCUUCAGUUACUGGAUGGCAAAGAUAACUAUCCAUGUCUUGUGGAUGCUGAAGGUGUUGCUAUUUCUUUCCCACCGAUAACCAAUAGUGAGAAAACAAAGAUCAGGAAAAACACAUGUGAUCUUUUUCUAGAAGUGACAAGUGAUACCAGUUUACAGAUAUGCAAAGAUGUCAUGGAUGCACUAAUUCUGAAAAUAGCAGAACUAAACAGGUUCACCUUGGAAAACAAGGAGGAAGACUCAGGCUCAGAUAACGAAUCUGAUGCUCUUUGUGGGCCAGUGAAUUUGAAUCCUGCACAAAAUGUACAGCAGAUGAAUUCUCCAUUGGUAGUGGAGCAAGUUCGAGUGGUGGACACAGAUGGAAACUUGAAAGUACUUUAUCCUUCAAAAACUGACCUAAGCACAGUUUCCUCUCUUCUGACUGUAAUACGCUAGCAGCUAUCAAAUCUAGGAGAAGUGUUCAGUUUUCAUCUUUUUCAUGUUCAAGAAUGCAACUUGUACACGGUGAAAUUGUUCCUUUAUUUUAUUUUAUUUUUUUCUUUUACGAAAGGUGCAGUGUAUCCUGCCUUGCUAUGUAAAAACCGUUAAGUUUGAUUAAGCUAUGGCAAGGAGUAUUGCAUUCUUUCAGCCUUAAUAAAACCUUACCACUAUUCUGACGAGUUAGAGAUACCAGUAUCUCCAAAGGCAAACUUAAAAGCAAAGGUGGUAUCAGAAGUUAGAAUGCAUUACUUUGUAGACAGAAACAUUACUGCAUGAUAGCAGUUUAUAAAAUGGAUGCAGUCCUAUUUUUCUGCAAGAUCACCACUUCUUCCUGAUAGUUUUCCACUGGAUUUUUACCUCAGUAGCUGAACUGAGAAAUGCAGUAGAUGCCAACAUUGAAACUAACCAAGUUAUAUGCUGCAUACCAGUAGUAGAGACCAAAUGCCAAAAUAGUUAGUGAACAUACCAUCCAAAGGUAUGGUAUUUAAGGAAGAUUUACAUUAGUUAGGGCCUUGAGUUUUUUUGCAGUUCUACGUAACUUUAUAUCAGGAGUAAUCAUGAAACACUGAAAAAUCUGCGUCUUUUAAAAAUCUUCAAUCUAAUUGCUGUUGGAACUUGAGCAAUGAGCUUUAAAGUGAUAGUUUCUCCAGGGUUCUCACAUUAACACAGCUUCCAUUUUUAAGUGAAGUCAGCUGAAUUGACUGCAGGGGUGCUUUGUUUCCCAGUGCUUUUUACAGCUGUCAGUCAUCUUCUUGGAAAUACCAGGAGUACUGAACUUGUGUAACCAUUGAGCUAGCUGUUGAUCAAGCACUGGGUUCAUAGAGUUCACCUCUGUUCAGAGGGCUCGCGUUGGUCUUCACCACCACUAUUCAUACUCCCCUAUCUGCCUAGAAUACAAGCACUCUUGCCCCAAAGCGGUCCUAGUGGAGUUUUCCGUCACAUUCCAAUGUGGAACGUGAUGAGGAGGACACCUUCCAAAGCACAGGUAGAGUGUUCUAAUUCUUGCAGUCGGUGGGUGAUCUUUUACAUCCUGGCUAGUAACUGUAUAAAUACAAACCUCUCCUCCACAAGCUAGAGUGAUCAACAGAGUCACUUGUUCUUUUUUCUGUUGAAAAUGUCAUGUAGCUCUUACUGAACUUCCUUUAACUUUGACAAAUACGUUCACUUGCUGGGAUUUGCAAAUUGAAUGGAAAAAUAAAGUGGUUCUUGCAGUCA